AACUUCCCAGCGGUAUAGAAACUUUGUUCAUACUUUCACUCGCAAAUGAAAAUGGUUGUCAACAUAUACAAUGUGAACGUAUAUAGCCAACAAGCAGGUUCCUAUAUAGAAAAAAAAGGCCAAUGCUAAAAGUAGUAACUGAGAGACUACUAGUUUUAGAAGGACAAUGGAAAGAGAAAAGCAGGAAGUUACAUUACCUGUUCUGUCAAUGGUGAUACUAAUCCUGUGGUUGACGAUGAUUUCACCAACAAAGGCCUGCCCGCCGCAAGGCACUGCUUCUGCGUGUAAAGAUUGCGUUGUCGAUCAAAUGAAGUAUAAGUGCCAGUCGUGUAUCCCAAUUCUCCGGUGCAUGGCUCGGUGCUUGUGGAAUGGCGCGUCGAGAUCUAAGUGCAUUAACAGAUGUGAUUGCAAUGGCUGCAAGCCAACACUUUCGGAUUGCAAGAAAUGCAUGUCAAGGUGCAAAUGCAGCUGUGUCGCAUUAGAUCGAUAAGUUCUCUAAAUUACAAGUAUUAUAUUUAUGUAUUUGUGUGAUUUUACAUGUAUAAGUGUUAGCUAAUUAUUAGUAUUUGAUGAAAAUUUUGAGUUUUGAAUUUGAUUUGCA